AUGCAGUUGGCGUCGAAUAUAAGGCUUUACAUUCUUGGAGAACCUCUGUUGAAGCCUUCUCAACACUCACCACAGGAUCUUUUCGUUCUUGAGUUUCCAUCGAAUGCUACGUUUGAUGCAUACCUUGCAACGGUUGUCAUACUGAUGUGCAUAGGAAUAUGGCUGGUAGUGUUCAAAAGGCCACGAGAAGACGGCACAUCGCUUCUGUAUGUGAUUGGCUUUAUGCUGAUAUUCUGCUCUUAUUGCCUCCAAAAAGCCAUAGAGCUGAAUAAGCUUAUUAAUAAGGCUACGAUUGAUGCAGAAGUGCCUGAGCAGGAAUGGUUUUGGAGAAAGUGGAUAUAUCCGAGAAGUCAAAAUCAUGCGGUGAUUGCCGAUCGGAAUGCACAUGCUGAAUCAGGUAUACUUGAACACAACACGGGCGGAAUAUCCUCAUACCUUACACUGAUAUUUAACAGCAAAGAUACAAAGGCAAAUAGAAGGAACACGGUAAGUGUAAAUGCUCAACGGAAACACAAUGAUCAAGGAAAAGCUGAAAGUAUGCAUUCCGUUCAAAGAUCGAUUGUUGGCACAGAUGUGAUUGGAUGCGCAGGCAAAAAAUCCUCGCUAGAAUGCACUAAAGAAACAGAUAGCAUUGGGGUGGAAAAUCCAUCGUUACAUCAAUACGCAACAGACAUGAUGCUGAGCACAUCUAGUAUGCACACUGAUCCAAAACAUUCAGGCAGUGGCAGUCGCUUAGUAACAUCGUUGUAUGACGAAAAGCUUGCAUUUGCAAAUAGCUUUGAGACUAUGAGUGGAGCGGAAAGCAAGGUAGAAAAAAGAGAAGUGACUCUUAGAAACCUCAUGAGGAUUUUUGAAUACAAAUAUAAAAUAGAUGAGGAUCUCAAAAAGCACACAUCGAUCAUUAGAAAGGCAGAGGCACAGACAAACAAAAUACUCGAAGAAUUUUCAGUCACAUUUCAAGCAUUUAUGAAGGAAGCUGAAAAAAUAGAAAUGGAGAUGAUUGGGUUUAAUGCAUCAACAAGGUAUUUGAGGAUAUCAUUCAAUGAGUUGAAGGCUGAGAUCAAGAAAUAUUUCUAUGGCGUUCCCGAUGUAGUAGCAUUGAAUGGUGUUCUUCAAUAUCUAUCGAGGCUGGAAGAGAAUUACCAUAAGGAAUCUGAAGGAAAAGGCGAUGUGGGCGCUGCCGUGGAGUAUGAAGGAUACUUCCUACUUUAUAUUGCUAUACAAACUGGUUGCUGCUUGCUGUUCUUUAUGGCUGUGCUGCUUAAGAUUAGAUCAGGUAUAACAGUAUUAAGGCCUGUAGUUUCAAUUUUCUUGAUAUUAGGAAUGCUAAUAAGUAUUUUAUUUCUUCUUAGUGCACAGAUGCUUGAUAGAGAUUGCAAGUCUGGGUCUGUCAAUGGAUGCAAUUUCACACAUACGUUUGUGAGGGAAGUCGAAGGAGUUGAGGCAUCAAAGAAGGGAGAAUUGAAAGAGCAGCUAGAUGUGAUGGCGAUCAACAGUCGAAUGCUGUCGAACGAACUACAAGCAUAUGUAUUGAGAAUAGCAGAUGCAAAUUUCAGUUCUAAAAUGGCGGUUUUUUCGAAUCUAUUUAACAAGAUCAUGUUUGUGUAUGAUGAUUUUGAGCACCUGACUGCGAAGAAAGUCAAGAAAGAUGAGUUCUAUGGGUAUGUGAAAAUGAUGAAUAGGCAGCUUGAGGUGAUUGGAAAGUACCUGGAUGUGUCUGUACAGAAAGAUAUGAUCGGCAUAUAUGCUGAGGAGAAUGCAUUUUCGUUCUGGCUGGAUACGGAUAAGGAUUCCGUGGUUGAGCUGGUGCGGACGAUUACUGGGUUGGAUGCUGAGGACAGCGAAGGAAUGCCAUCAAGAUGGUGUGUGGAUGCAUUGCAAGCGAUAUGUGAUGCAAAGGAUGUAUUUGACAGUUUGUUUAUGCUGAUGCUUGCUGCAGGGCCUGCAUUCUUGGCUCUUCUGUAUACUUAA